GUUGUUUAACGUACGUAAUAAUAGAUAGACUGAUAGGCAAUAUUAGAAUCCCGGCCACUAGAACGAAAUAUCCGAGAUAAAUUCGAAAGCGAUCGCAUGAAAAUAAACUUACAAAAUAUUCCUCUAAGCCGUAUGAACCUUACGAAUGACUCCUUGUUCACUUGUUAAAACCUAGGAUUCGCAAAUACGUUGGAUCAACAAGAUGAGCGGCUCGGGCAAAGGAUUACUAGGAAUGUGGCUUUACAGGAGGGACGAGGAGUGGACCAUAAAGGAGGGCAGUCCUUUGCCCACCAGAUCCGGCGUACCGCUGAUGGAGAAGCCCGGUACCGCCGCUGACACGACCAAUUCCCUCGUGUUUUCAUUAAAGAACCAAGUGGGCGGCUUAGCCAGGGCCCUCCAAGUCUUCCAGGAUCUGGGCGUGAACGUAGUGCACAUUGAGUCGCGAAAAUCGAUGCGCCGCGGCUCGGAGUACGAGAUCUUGGUGGACGUCGAGUGCGACACGAAGCGGAUGGAGCAACUCACGCGGAUGCUUAGUCGCGAGGUCGCCGCGAUUAAUCUCGACCAAUACGAGGAAAGCAGCACUGCCCCUCAUCCACCGUUAUCGGCAGCUCCGAGCUUCGAUUUUAGCGAAGUUGACAUGGUAUGGUUUCCUCGGAAAAUCGCUGACUUAGAUCAAGCGCAAAAUGUCCUGAUGUAUGGCACAGAAUUGGACGCUGAUCAUCCUGGUUUCAAGGAUCCGAUUUAUCGCAAGCGACGCGAGCAGUUUGCCGAUAUCGCAAACAGUUACAAACAUGGGAUGCCAAUUCCGAAAAUCCAGUACACGCCUGAAGAAAUAAAAACCUGGGGAACAAUUUUUCGCGAGCUUUAUCAACUUUAUCAAAAAUACGCUUGCAAGGAAUACCUCGAGAAUUGGUCGAAACUCGUAAAAUAUUGUGGCUAUAGAGAAGAUAACAUACCACAGUUAGAGGACGUCAACACAUUUUUAAAGAAAAUGACGGGCUUCCAGUUGCGUCCAGUGGCUGGUUACUUAUCGCCCCGAGACUUUUUGGCUGGACUAGCUUUUCGUGUUUUCCACUGCACCCAGUACAUCCGGCACUCAUCGGACCCCUUCUACACACCCGAACCCGACUGCUGUCAUGAGCUUUUAGGACACAUGCCGCUUUUAGCGAAUCCUAGCUUUGCUCAAUUUUCGCAGGAACUUGGACUCGCUUCUUUAGGUGCGUCGGACGAAGAUGUCGAUAAACUUGCGACGCUUUACUUCUUCACGGUAGAAUUCGGAUUGUGCAAGCAAGACGGAAAUCUGCGUGUUUACGGGGCUGGUCUUUUAUCCUCGAUAGCCGAAUUGAGGCACGCGGUCUCGACGCCCGAGAAGACCUUUAGAUUCGAGCCCGACCUCACCGUUAAGCAGCAAUGCAUUAUCACGGCAUUUCAAAAUGCGUACUACUAUACCGACAGUAUCGAAGAGGCCAAAGACAAAAUGAGGCAAUUCGCGGGCCAGAUUAAACGUCCGUUUGGCCUCCGCUACAACCCGUACACGCAGUCGGUGGAGGUGCUGACGGACGCUCAGAAGAUAACGGCGGUGGUGACGGAGCUGCGCGGCGACCUCUGCAUCGUCUCCAAUGCCCUGCGCAAGAUCCACGAGCAGGACGAGUCCGUGAACGUCGAGAGGAUAACGAGCCUGCUCACCCAGGGCAUCGACCUACAGCUCGAGAACUCGCCAACCUCGUCGUCGGGCAGCGAGCUCGAGGAUGGCGACAAGAGCCCGAACCGAGGGCAGAAGCGUCCCGACGAUGCCCAUCACCACCAGCCUCGAUCAUCCAGCUCCUAAUUUACCCUCGUCAUCACCGAUCCACCACGCCCCUCGCCGUCCGCGCGACCCGACCCAUCACGCUUCCACUGCCAAUUGCUGCGUAUCGCCUUUGCCUU